AUGCCUUUUUCAGACCCUCAUAUAGAAUAUGGCUUAUGGUACAAUCCAUACGAUAAGUCUGCGGUUGGAAUUGGAAAUUUCCUUAUUACUGUUACUGUUCAAAUUAUAGUUAACACUUAUGCCUACUCUCUGGGCUACUGUCCACAAUCUUACGGUCUGGAUUACUACCGGUCUGGUGAGAGAAAUAUGAAAACGCUAUUACGCCUCCGAGGUUUCUCAAAUCGUAAAGCACAAAAUGUGACUAAGACUUGGUUCAAAACCAUUGCCGCUGGAACUUCGAGAGUGCAGGCGCUAAAGGAAUCUAUGUACCGCGAGUUUAGCUGCUUCGUGAACAGUGAACAUUUGACAACUCUGUCGUUCACAAUAACGGAACCGAAGCUGGCGUUUAACGUGAUUUUUGUAAAGCUGACACUACUGGCAACUCAGUUCGACGACAUCGUGGAGGACUACUCUGCUUAUGACGGUAAUCUGGAAGAUGCCUUCAUGCACUUCUUGGACGAGAACCGUUACUCGAUCCGACCAAAGGAGACUUGGUAG